UUUACUUUUGCCAAAAUUAAAUUGUCUAAAAUUUCUUCGAUGGAGAUGGGAGCUCAGCUUAUGAUUUUAUCUGGGGAAAGUAAAGCCUAGUGUCUAGCAGACUUUUCAAAAGCAAAAUUGGUCAUAUUGGAUCUCAAAAGGGGAGUGGCAAAUGGCAAUGAAGAUGGUGGUUUCCUUCCUUCUACUCCACUUCUUCCUCUCCUUUCUUUUCUUGCUCCAUAACCAUAGGCCAUUGGUGAGCAAUGCUGAAAAUGGGUAGCUUUGAAUUUGUUUUUACUCAUUGUUAUUUGUUAGGUUUCGGAUUUUUUUUUAGCAGUUUCCAAGUCUUAGGUUAGGUGUUGAGCUGUUUUCUUUGCAUUCUAGAUAUUAUAUUAAAAAUUUGUUUUUGACUGCGUUUCUUGAUUUUAUAUAUUGAAGAUGAAAGAAGUGCAUCUAUUCUUUGAACUUUUAAUAAUGUUGACCCAGUAUGAUUUUGAAGGUCAGAAGAGUAUCUUUCCAUGGAGUUUUGCUUCUGGGUCUCCUUUGACUUGUGUUUUUUUAUUAUUAUUUUUUUUUAUAACACGUUUAAGUUGCUGAAUAUUGCCAAAACUAAGCAGGAGAGCGUGUUCUGAAAUUUAGGUUUUUGAUUUUUUAGUCAAAUCUUGGUAUUCAAGACUUUGUUUUUAUGAAUUUUAUUUGGUUGUUGACAUUGAACUUGUCCCUCUUCAUUAUAAUGCUUCUGUGUUUUUAGUCAACCUUUUAUAUUGUUCUAUGGACAAUGAAUUUCUAAAGGUAAGCUUCCUCAAUCUUUCAUACUGGCAGGAGUCUUUUUCACUGUAAUUCUUUUGCAUCUUCUAAGUGACAUUGUUUUUGUGUUGUAUUGAUGUAGGACUAGGAAAUUUAGGGACUAAGAGAAACAAAUUCUCAAAUUAAAGGAGAAACUAAUUCUCAAGAAAUAUUAUUCAUUUUCAAUAAUAAUCAUCAUAACAAAACCUACUAAUAAUGGAAAACUAGCCCUGUUUAUUGAUUAGGAUUAGAAACCUUAAAUUCAAAUCUAAUUAGGAAUAUAAAUUAAGAUAAACUGGGAAAUAAUAAAAAGCCUAAUAAAACUAAAAUUCUAAACCUAGUAAAAUUCUUAAAUUUCCUAAUUUUACAUUGAAUAAAACUCCCAACUCUAAUCUUACUAUACUGCAUCAGUAUGGUGCUCAACUUUUUCUUUCACCCAUUAAAGGUGAAUAAACUUCAAACUUAUGCAAAUGGUUUGAGAAGUUUUUAGUCAAUUCAGCAUUCUUGACAUGAUGAGUCUAACUGCUAGGAAACUUCUUGUAGGAAUAUGACGUGUUUGUGCCUUCUAAGAAUGUUUUUCCUCGAAAUUCUCAUAUAAAUCAUCUAAAAUUUCAGAAAUAAUUCUACACAUAUACCCAGAAUUAGGUGAACUUGUGUAAGAAUCAUCUGUGGAAAUUAAUGGUUUUGACUUUUCAAAUUGUUUGAUGGAAGACCUGACAGAGGAAAUGCUCCAUUGCCUUGUUGAAUGGGACAAAGAUACUUCUUUCUUUUUGCUAAUUUGGUCUCUCUUGCGAUUCAUAUUAGCCUGAACUUCAAAUUUAGCAUGCUUCUACAGUUGCAACGGUAUAACUGCUGUUCUAGUGGUAACAAGCUCUUUCCUUACCUUGAAAUUCAAGGGUUGAGUUGUCUAAUAGCUGCUUAUUGGGCUGUCCAGGAGCAUGCUAGCCUCAAGGCAGCAUUUCACUAACAAAAAAAAAGAAGGAUUUUACUCUUUGGUGAUAAUUUGUUUUACAACAUGGGAAAGUGAAUUUUAUCCAUUAGACUACAUGUUUACAUGUGUGUUCAUUGAUCAUGUCCUUGAAUUUUCUAUGAUGCAGCUGGCAUCAGGAGCACUUUCACUGAAAAAACCAAAAUUUACUGUCCAUUAAAUACACUACUUUGAAGUGGUAUCCUUUUCCUUGUCAUUUUCAAAGAGCUUGUAAAACUUAAUGCUUAUUGCAAGUAGUAUGGGGCAGGAAUCUUGGUCAGUUUUCCAAGCAUUAUACAAGUCAAGAUGAUCACACCAAUGAAAAAUGGAAAACUGAACGAAUUAGGUGGACAUGUGGAACACAGGCCAGUCUAAGUUUGCUGAUUUACAUUUAUGGAUUACAUGUACGGGUGAUACUAGAAAAAAAAAAUCAUGGGGGGCCCACAAAUAAAUAUUAGAAAGAAACUAAAUGAAAUCUUAAUAAAAAUAUAAAAUAUUAAGAGAUCAAAAUUAGAUAUUAUAAAAGUAUUAAUGAAAUUUACAUAGAAGUACAAAGGUCAAAACAAAAAUAAAAAUAUUGGAGGGGCAAAUAGUAAUUUUUUUAAAAAAAAUACACUAAAUUUUAUAGGUAAAAUUUUAAAAUUAAAAAUUAUGGGUAAAAAUAUAAUUUUUAAAACUUUUGGGCCCCCUCCCCAAGUUAGAAUGUAGUUCCGCUCCUAUUAGAUGGAUACUAUAAUCCAACCACUAUUAUCAGCAAAUGAUACAUUGGCAAUAUUGUGUGAACCAUCUGAUUUUACUUGUUGAUUCCAAGGGACUGGGUAUUGUGGAAAAACCUGCAUUGGUCACCUUUUUAUAUUCAGGUUGGGGUGGCAUCAUUUGUCAUGAAACUUUUUUGAAUGUUGAUUGAAUGUGGAAUCUGUCCUUGAAUAAAAUUUGCAAACUCAAGAUGUACAACUUUUCAACAUGCAAUGCUAUGCCAUGUAGAAAUUUCUUGUGGCCUAUGAUUCCCCAGGCCAGAUUGGAAAUCCAGAAGGAACGAGUUGUUUGUCAUACAAGGGUACAACGUAAUGUCAACUUGGAGAAGCUACAAAAUGGCUAUCUGUUUCCUGAGAUUUCAAUGCAUGAGCUUCAACACAUCAGGAAGUACCCAGAUGCAAAGUUGAUAAACCUUGGAAUUGGUGAUACCACAGAGCCUAUACCUGACAUCGUAGCAGUGAGCAUGGCUGAAUAUGCACAUGCCCUGUCAACGGUAGAAGGUUAUAGAGGAUAUGGAGCUGAGCAAGGGAACAAGGCACUGAGAAAAGCAAUUGCAGAAACACUUUACAAAGAUGUCCAGGUAAAAGACUCAGAAGUUUUUGUGUCAGACGGCUCACAGUGUGAUAUCACCCGCCUUCAGCUGCUUCUGGGUUCCAAUGUGACUAUGGCAGUGCAGGAUCCAUCAUUUCCAGCUUAUAUAGAUACAAGUGUCAUAAUUGGUCAAGCUGGUGAUUUUGAAGAAAAAAGUGGGAAAUUUGGGAACAUUGAGUACAUGAAUUGUGGACCCCAAAAUAACUUCUUUCCUGAUUUGGCAAAAACCAGAAGAACAGAUAUAAUCUUCUUUUGUUCUCCAAAUAAUCCCACUGGUCAGGCAGCAACCCGUCAGCAAUUAGAAGAACUUGUGAAGUUCGCCAAGGAGAAUGGUUCAAUCAUAAUUUUUGAUUCUGCCUAUGCAGUUUAUGUCACAGAUGAUUCACCUCGAUCAAUCUUUGAAAUUCCUGGAGCCAAAGAGGUUGCAAUUGAAGUAUCUUCUUUCUCUAAAUUUGCUGGCUUCACGGGUGUUCGCCUCGGUUGGACAGUUGUUCCUGAAGAGCUGUGCUUUUCAAACGGUUUUCCUGUGAUAAACGACUUCAAUCGCAUUGUAUGCACUUGCUUCAAUGGAGCAUCAAAUAUAUCUCAGGCUGGUGGAUUGGCAUGCCUUUCCUCAGAGGGUUUCAUGGCUGUUUGUUCUGUGGUUAACUACUACAAGGAGAAUGCAAAAAUUCUACUGGAGACUCUUGCUUCUCUUGGUCUAAAGGUGUAUGGAGGUGAAAAUGCCCCUUAUGUUUGGGUACACUUUCCUGGUUCAAAAUCUUGGGAUGUGUUUGAUUAUAUUCUUGAGAAGACACAUAUUAUAACUGUGCCAGGUUCUGGAUUUGGUCCUGGGGGUGAAGAGUUCCUGAGGAUGAGUACUUUUGGACACAGGGAAACUAUCCUGGAAGCUUCAAAGAGGCUAAAAAAUCUUUUCUCCUAGCAAAAGAAAAACCCUACUGUUUAAGCCACAACCUUCUGUACUAAAUAAAGGAACUCACUCUGCCUGGCCAACGUUUAAAGUGGUUAUUAUUAUUACUAUUAUUUAACCAAUAAGAUCAAUAAGUGUCUUCUCAAAA